AUGAUCUUCACAAGGGCCUCCCUCUUCCGAAACCCGAACUUCCACCUCAGGGUAUCUUCAGUGGACGGGCCCAGCUCGAUACCCAUCCCAGCACCUGGUCAAUGCGGGGAGCCCAUCUUGGUCAGCCGCGAGGGCAUCCAGCACUCUCCAAUUAGCGAUGCGCUCACUAUUCACCUGCUUCGGGCCCGGAACGCCAUCUCAGAUGCGACGACAAGGGCCACUGACGUGCAGCAGUCAACCGUUGGACAAUAG